CUGUUCACCAACUGGAGUGUGCUUGCAAGGUGGGAGGAGUGACUUCGCGUCAUUCACGCGUCUACUUAACCCCGCGCUAACGCCGGCUCGACCAUUGCCUCUUCCAACCUUAAACCCUGAACGUACCGCCACCCAACUGUCCCGCGUCGACUCUCUCUUCAUCCGUGAUACCCCGCGCCAUAGCCUUGAUUCAGUCUCUUCUUGCUCCCUUCUUUUCCUGCGUACAUAUAUUCGAGGACGUUUCACGGCUGAAUCUCUUCCCAAUGCCACUCGGAUUCGAGCGCAUCAACGAACGCACCCAGCGGCCCAACGCGCUCAUAAACUUCAUCAAGCCACUCCCCGGAGCCACUUCAGAAACGGCCGAAGAGAUACUAAACAGGGUUGCUGCGAUAUGUUAUCCCUUCAUGAAGAAGCACAUGAUACUCGUCCAAGCUCUCGAAGAGUUUCCGUACAACACCGAAUUCGUGGGCCGCAACUUCAACGCCGGGGAGGUGAUACAGUUGGUGUUGAAGAAUCGGCACGGACAAUGGCUGCCGGAGAAGUGGGUCAUGAUGGUGAUGGUUCAUGAGCUCGCGCACUGCAAGCAGAUGAACCACUCCAAGGCCUUCUGGAAGGUGCGCGAUGCAUACGCGGCUGAUCUGAGGGAGCUUUGGAGUAAAGGGUACACUGGAGAGGGUCUUUGGGGAAGAGGGAGGUCGCUUUCCACGGGACAUGUACAUGUUGGUAGUGUGGCUGCUGGUGAUGUGCCUCAGCACCUUUGUGGCGGUACCUACGGGCGGAGAAGCAAGAGAAGGCGAGCUGGUAAGGUCAGAGAGGAGCUCACAUAUGCGGAGAAGAAGCAGAGACGCAUAUUGAAGAAGUUCGGUGCUGGUGGCCAGACUCUUGGUGCUGACGAUGAUACCAAAGUCAAGCUGGAAGGCGGUGUAGUUAAGAAAGGGAAGCCAAGGGUUGCGGGAAGUGCACGCGGCAGGGAACUCCGGGCAGCCGCUGCUUUGGCAAGGUUCGAGUCUGUCAAAGAGGAGGCUUCAACUAUCAAAAGAGAAGUUGAGUCGGAAAGUGAGACAGACGACGACUUUGAAGAGACCGCUAGUGACGCCGCUGCCAUCGAUGUAGACGGAAAGAAAAUGGUCGACGACAGAGGGCGUGCGCUGAUCAAGGUGUGCGACCACGAAGACGAGGAAAACGAGGAUUCUCGAAGAGAAAUGGAGGAGUUUCGCGACCUCGGAACCAGCUCGCAGAAUCGAACUACAGCAACAACAUCUACACCUCCGCAGCCAGCAGCGCCCUCUGUAACUGCAAGGCAGCCGGUACCCAAACGUGAAGCCUCCAAGGCUUCGCAGUCCAACCACAUCAUCCGGCUUGACGAAAUAUACAAGCGCCGUCCUGAGCCUCCCGUGCCCUGCUCAUCCUCCAUGACUAGCCAACAGCCCGCAAAGCCGGAUAUCACUUGCACCAUCUGCUCACUUAUCAACGAGCCCGGUUCUUUGACAUGCGCGGCAUGUUCCCAUGUGCUGAAUCUGGAACUGGUUCGAGACAAGUGGACGUGUCGAAGCAUGGCGUGCACGGAGAGUCAGCUCUUCGGCUUUCUCCUCGGCGCUACCACUGCCGCCGGCGCCAUGUACUACUAUGUCAUCGACGAGUAUCGCGUUUCGAACGAGCUCCUUACUGAAGACAUCUAUGCGCUCCAAGCUGCGGUACAACGGAUAGAAAAGUACGUGAAGGAGAUGGAGGAGACGAUUGACAAGAAGAAGCGAUGAGCGAGAUUCGAGUGAUUGGAGUAGGCUGGGACAGGCCGUUAGCGUUGGGGAUACAAGCCGCCCUAGGUCGUCAACUGAUUUUGGAAGUAUGGGCAGAGUUGUUGAGGAGUAUGCCGUCGGAUAUCAGAUGCGGGAGUCGAGAUUUGCGUUCUUCAAUUAGCAACUCAAGCGAGGCGGUUGGGAUCAUGUAAUCAUACGAGGGCAUACGGGGGUUUCCAAACUCAUUCCAGGUUCAGCGUGUUCGAUAUACCAAUCAACGGAAGCUUUGAUAAACGGGUUCUUUAGGAGGCAGUGAAAAACAGUAGUCGAAGUGUGGAUUUCUGCACUUGUACAGCCCAAUGACCCGUAGUCGAGGACUUGGUUGU